UCGCGGCAAGGUCUACUGCAACAAAGAUUACGGAUAGCCUUUUUAGCAACCAAAGGGAAAGAAAAGAUUGCACUCAUUCGUCCCAACUUACGUCCGGAACAUCCGGAUCCGUGCAAAAACAUGUCGCUAAAAUUCAGUUGUAUCGUAGCCAUGUGCGAAAAUCGAGGAAUCGGAAUCAAGGGGGAUCUUCCUUGGCGACUCAAAAACGAGCUUAAAUAUUUUUCCUCUAUGACCAAGAAAGUCCGAGAUAAUGGAAAACGAAAUGCCGUAAUUAUGGGUCGCAAAACGUACUUUGGAGUUCCAGAAAGUAAGCGACCGCUGCCGCAACGAUUGAACGUCGUCCUUACGCAUAACGCAGCGGAACAUUCUUUCCCACCGGAGGUGCUUGUCUGCAGCAGCCUUGAAGACGCCUUGCUCAAAUUAGAUACCACCAAACACGGAGAAAACAUAGAAAAUGUUUGGAUCGUUGGUGGAAAUAGCGUUUACAAGGAAGCGAUGGAAUCUGACCGUUGUCAUCGUGUUUAUCUUACAGAAAUUAAGAAAACUUUCGAGUGUGACGCUUUUUUCCCAACAAUACCUGCAUCCUUUGCUCUAGUAGCAAAUGACCCGGAUGUUCCUAGUGAAGAACAAGAGGAAAACGAUAUCCAUUACACAUACAAAAUUUAUGAAAGGCAGCCUUAACGUCGAGAAUCCAACUACACUGCAAUAGACUUCCGUCGAUAGAAAGGUCUAGAUGCAAACGGCGGUCAAUGGUUCUUGGUUUCUUUUAAAAGUUCGUACAACUGCGAUAACUGUUCGUCACGAAAAUGCUCCAACUGAGCUUCUGUCAAGUUUUCACCAAUCAUUCCAACAGGUAGUGGUUUUCCUUUCAAUCCUAGCUGUUCUGCUAAACUUAAUGCAUAGCCCUAAUAAAAAUUUGGAAAAUGA